AUGAUAUCAAAGCAAGCCAAUCAUAUCAUGAAUUCCAAGAAUUCACAUUCAAAAAAUGAUUUCAACUCAACCCUGUUUCAACCAAAUUAUCCAAAGAAACUCAACAAUUUAACUUCAAUUCAAACUUCACUCUUACCAUUCUUCCAAUCAAGAAUUAGAUUUAUAAUCUUAGCAAUCAUCACUACCACACUUUAUAUAACAAACCAACCUAACAUCAUCUCAACUAAAUUCAAAUUAAAAACUAACCAUCAAGAAAUUACUCCAAAGAAAUCACUACCUAAAAAAUUAAAUCCAUCAGAUUAUUCUGAUGAAUUACUUUUAUCUUUACCAAUUUUAAUUUCUACUUCAAAUCAACCAUUUGAUCCAAUAAAUGAACACAAACCAUUACCCAAUCAUCUAACUCCAUUCACCACCCAAAUCUUAAUGAACCAUCUCAAAACCCCUCCAAAAUCAAAUGCACCAAAUAAACUCCCAUAUCCAUCCCAUCCCUCUGCUGAGCCCCGUCCACAAAAAGUGAUAAAUACAACCAUAAAAGAUUUUGACAUUGCUAGUAAAUAUAAAUUACCUACAUCAUCCAAUUCCAGAAAUUUAAAAUCGGUUCAAUACUUGGGAUUCAAAAAGUCAAAGUUCAUUAAGAGUUGGGAAACUCGGGAAGAAGAAAGUAUUAGAAAUAAACGAAAAGAGUGGGUCAAGAAUGCUUUUUUGGUGGUUUGGGAAGUUUAUAAAGCUAAGGCUUGGGGUCAUGAUGAACUUAAACCCAUCUCUGGUUCAGUUUAG